AUUCAAGCAACUCAUCGCAUUGGGGUACUUACCCGGAGUUGUAAUUUCAGGAAAUGAUGAGAUAUCUACAACUAUACCAAUGUUUUUUUUUACCAGGUAAGGCUCACUGUGUUAUGUGGCUCUUUGUCUAUUACAAAUGACAGCGCAAUGAACCAGAUUAUAUGAAAAUAGAUUGCAGCCAAAAACUCUAAGCACGUGAUGUUGAUUCUAAAUGUGGAGGAGAAAACCGGAGGACCCGCAUAACAAUUCAACCGACCAUGCAAAGAGAGGGAUGCAAACUCCAAAUAUUCAGACAUCAGCGUCGGGAUCAAAACAAUGACAUCCUGUACGAAUGAGCCACGGCAGCUGCGCCUCACUGAUUAAUAUUAACAACACUAAUUUAAAAUAUAUAUAUUUUUAAGAGAAAGAUUAUUUGAAACAUGUUGUUCAUUUAAAGGUGUGUACAUUAGGGGUGUUCACCUUGAGGCUGCUGUUUGAGCACCUUGCGGUGCGGGUUCACAUUCCAUGCAAUGUCCCAUGAUGUCAGUGAUGACAAUGAAAGUAUUUGAUUUUUUACUUCCUUCUUCACCAUCGCUAUAAGAGAGAGGUCCUGGUCCAGCAUCUCUCUGAGCCACACAACGAGUGAUCCCAGUGAAGCCCAUGGGUCAUGGCGAGCGCGAUUGCCAGUGAAAGUGUGGAUAGUGAGCUCUGCUGCCCUGUCUGCCUGGGCACGUUCGUCUGCCCCUCCACGCUGAGCUGCGGACACUCGUUCUGCCUCCGGUGCCUGGAGGCCGCCUGGGCGACGGCGAGCAGCUUCAGCUGCCCACAGUGCCGAGCGACCUUCCCUGCACGACCCCAGCUGAGGAGGAACGUGGCCCUCGCCAACCUGGUGAAGCAGCUCAGAGUUGGAGACGGGAUGGCCAGGGUCAUCGUGUGUGACAUCUGCACUGACGGCCAGACCCCUGCAGUGAAGACCUGCCUGAGAUGUGAGAUGUCCUACUGUGCGACGCACUUGAGGCCUCAUGUAGAGAAUCCCAGGUUGAGAGACCACGCUGUGGUGGCUCCCAUCGCGAACCUGGAGGAGCGAAGAUGCAAGGAGCACAGAAAGGAGCUGAAGUACUUCUGUGAACAGGAUGAGAUCCCGGUCUGCACAGGUUGCACCAUCACUGGAGACCACUCUGGACACAGUGUAAUCACAGUGGAGAAAGCGCAACAGACAAGACAGGUGAAGUGUCAUGUUCUGUUGUAAUCCACAUUGUUACAGGAAGUUGAGGGAUUCACAUUAGUAGGUCGUGAACCCUCACUUCGACCAAGUGAGCUCCUGUUGAGACCAAACGUCCCUUUACGCCCAGGUAAAGGUGGCAGGGUGGCUCAGAUGUCAGAACACUGAGAUGGUAACGCUGUCAUGCUCAGUUAGAAUCUUGUCGGCCGCCCAUAGUUUAAACCGGAUACUCAAGUUUAGUGAGUUCAUGGUCUACACCCAGUCAACAUUUAAGUGCAUGUAAAAUCAUAUUUUACAUGAUAAUUCAAAUUGUUAGUUUGACUAAGUGAGAAACGUUACGAUUCAUAGUAGGGCAUGUGAUAAUCCGCUACACCCAUCACUCGAAGAAGUUAAAACAUUUUAGAAU